UACUGUCAGAGUCCACAGUCCUAAGUUGGCCUCAGGCUACGAUAGAACGUGUAUCUUUCUCUCUUUCGGUGGCUUCGAUCUGAUCGAAGAACGCGGCUCCAGCCAGUCUCGCGCGAACCUUCGCGAUCGGUCCUACGACACGAUCCUUUCUGCCCUUCGAACUUUAUUUCCGUCAUUUCUUCUACUUCUUCUUUUUCUUCGUUUUCUUUCACUUCCGUUUCUUCUUCUCCUUCUUCUUUCACCUCCUUCCGUUUCUCCUUAUUCUUCUGUUCCUCCUCAUUCUACAUUUUCUAUUGUGUUCAUUUAUUUUUCUGUGGAAAGAAAAUUCGGGAUAAAGUGAACUUGAGCCAAUAAAAGGAUCUAUUCUCAUCGAAUCUCGAUCACCUGGAGAUGCUUUCGAUGCGAUGCUGUUGAUGUGACGUCUGAGUAAAUAAGUCAUAGAUCAGACAAAAAAAUGAAGACAGUAGGGAGCUUCAUCUCGUUCCUCCUCAUUAUUCUACAUAGUUCGAGCUUGACGAAUUGUCUGUGCUACUUGGAGAACGAAACGGAGGCGCAAUGUCAAAAAUUAGAAGACGUCAAAUACAUCGAUGCCUUUCAAUUGGAAUCGUUGAAAGUAACAAAGAUCGACGGCACCUUGGAUCCGGAGAUUUUUAAGAAUUUAACUAAUCUCAAACAUUUGGAUUUGUCUGAUGGCGAUUUGAAAAGAAUAAAACCUGAUACUUUUCGAAUGUUGGCCAACUUGAAGAGUCUCGACUUAUCGAAUAACAGAUUGGAACACCUGAACUUGUCAUCGUUAGAGGGAUUACACGAGUUACGUAGUUUGAAUCUUCGAAAGAAUAAUAUCGCUCAGUUCCCAGUUGUAUUGUUACGUUUGAAGAAUCUGAAACAUUUGGAUAUUCAUGGGAAUCCGCUUCAAUGUAAUUGUGCAACUUUACUCGCAAGAAACUUGUUGAUAACGAGAGGUGUCAAGUUGUCGAAGAAGAUCAUUUGUGUUGGUCCGAAUAGUUGGAAAGGUUCGUCGCUUUUGAAAUUGGAAACACAGAGGAUUUGCAAAGAGGAGCAGGAUGAUAAAGAGAUGUUAGGUGAUCAACCAUACCAAGGAUCAGGAGACGGGGGUUCUGGUGAUGUUUUUGACGAGGCAGAUGCCGAUGACGAGUUUCAAGAUAUUGUGGAAAGUUCCGAAAAAAUACCAGUUCAAGAGGUCGAGACCCCAGUUCCGGAUAUAAAACAAUUGUCCAGCGUGGAACCAUCAACGACUGCAUCUAUGGUAACAACAGAAAUUAUUCCCAUUAUUAAUGAAACUUUAUAUCCAAUAGUAUCAACCGAAUCGUCUGUUGAAAAAUUUGUGAAGGAAUCCGACGAGUUGUUCUUUGAUUCCGAGGAACAGAAACAAAAGUUUACUACUGAAAUGUCAUUGAAAAAGCCAGUGAAGGAUAGUUUAUUUUAUCCCAUUGAAGGAUCGGGAGACGAAGGUUCUGGUUUAGAUGGUUCUGGUUUUGAUAUACUGUCUCACAAUGAUGAGGAAACCGAUGAAAAAUUGAUUUAUACGCCGACGAAAACUACUUCUACCGAAAGCAUUAUCGAUAUGAUCUUUGGUGUAUUUACUGGGUCAACUGCUACCGAAAAUAAGGAAGAGCCUAGCCUCGAAGAAGAAGAAUUCAUAGAUGCAUCGCCAACGAAAACUUUCCAUGAAACUGAAGAGGUGCCCGUUACAAAGUUGAUAACGAAAGCAACAACUGCGACCAUUCCAACUGCCUCUUCUUCAACAAUUGGUCCAGAAUUGGUAGAAGUUAACGAAGCCGACGACAUGUCGAAAUUAGGUACGAUCCGUGCCGAACCAGCCGGACCAGCCGAAGUCUCUAGUAGAAACGAUGAAUUAGCGGAGGUAUCACCAGCCAGACAAUCUAAAAAGGGAAUGGGUUCUUACGUUGUCUUGGCUGCUUUGUUGAUCAUUCUUGCGGCUUUGAUAGGAUUCGCAGCUUACAAGGGCGACUUUUGUAGGAAGAAAAGGAAACGAGGUGAUGUUGAGAAUGGUACCGAGAUGAAGGAUAUGCAGAAGUCUCUUUUAGAUACGGGUAAUCAAGUGCAACCGAAAAUAGCAUCGAACGGUAAUCCGGAAAAUGUGCCAUUGGUCGAUAGUACGAUCGAACACGAAGACACAAAAGAAUCUAUGGGGUCUCAGGAGAGAAUGAGAGGUCAGAAUGGUCAUCAGGAUCAAACAGAUAACACGGAUCCCGUGAAACCUCCAAGAAAGGUAUUGGGUACACUGGAAGAAACGAAGCCUAUUCAAGAGGCUUUGCAGGAUUCGAUAUCCUCAAAAGAUGAAUCAUUUUCAGCGAGGACGAGUCCCGUGGAAUCAGCAAGAACGACCAGUCCGCGUCUUUCAGAAACAAAUGGUCCACCCUUGAGUCCUGGAGCUCAGAGAGUAAAAAUUACUCUUCAAGAGAAUCCAGAUAGCGUCCCGAAAACGCCUAUACUCAUAACGCGAACGUCCGUUGGUGAUAAUCUAGUCAAGACACCGUGAAACGACCUUCCAGAUUAUUGAAUCGUGUCACUUAACGAAGGAUCAGACUAAUUACGUAAAGAAAUGGAAAAAAUAAUGAAUACCGAGUAACGUCAAGUGACUCAAGGAAGUGUAUGCGGACAAUGCGAUUGGUUGGUUCCUAGGUCCUACGUGUCAGGGCCAUUUUUGAAAUACGACGAGAUAUCGAAAAUUUGUUGACGUAUUAUAAGACGUUCCGAACAAAUAUUACUCGAAUAUUCGUUCUAGCGGGACUAUUUUCAAUUUUACGACACGACGAGGACACGAAGAGUGAGCACAAAUUAAUAGGACUUGUACAUAUCUUUUUCUUUUCUUUCUUUUUUUUUUUUUUUUUCUUUUUGUUCGUUCUCUUCUUCGAUGAUAUUGAUAAAUUGCAACGAAAGAAAAAAAAAACGCACACGCACACACAAAACAAAAAAAGAAGGGACAAAAGAACGAAAAGGAAAAAAAAAAGAAAGCGAAAAGAAAAAAGAAACGAAAAAACCAGACGUAUCUGUCGUAUACGAGAUUUGUGAAGAAGUUCUAGUUGUACUAGUACACUAGUCAGUCAGUCUCAUUCACAGAUCUUAGAUCCUAUUCGAAGUAUCCUGAGAAAUCCUUUUCGAGAUGAAGUGCGAGAGAAUUUAGAACUAGGGAUGACACAUACGAAAUCGUUAUUUUAGCUCUUACCUUGCGUAUUUUUCGUCAAGGGGGUACAUUCCAAGCCUGCCAUAAUAAUUCUUUUUUUUUUCUUCUUCUUCUUUUUCUUCUUCUCCUUUUCUUUCUUUUUUUUUCUCUUUCUUUCUUUUUUACAUCGUACGCUUCGAAAGAAAUUCGUAAUUCUUGACGUUGAACGAUCGAACGAACGGCAAAUCGUUUGAUAUUUGAUAUAAAUGCGUGAUGACCUAGAUAUUAGAACUUAAAUUAGAGUUAGUAAUUUUCUUGAUUUUCUUAUCAGUGCGAAUGGACAAAACUGUAAUUGCUAGUCGAUCGAUGCAUAAUUAACCUGUCAAACUUUAAUUGUCAAUAAGAUACAACCUUUCAAUUCUGUUCUUCUUCUUCUUCUACUUCUUCUUCCUCUUUUAUUUUUACUUACCGUUAUAUUCUUCUUUAUUUUUCCUCUUUCCUUUUUCUUAAGUGUGUUGAGAUUAAUUUAACGAAUAAACUAAGGCCUAUUAUCGAUUAUAAACUUGAAUACGCAUGGAGUGCGCGUCCGUAAUCAAUUGCCAGACUAAUUAUCACAAUGUCCAUCGAGAUUUCACCAAGUUGUGUAAUUAAAGCUACAACAAUACGAUUGAUGUAUAUGAUAAUCUAUUUAAUAUUUACGUAUAUCCAUCGAUUCAGCUCAGUCACUCGAAAUUCAGAUAAAAUCUGAUAUUCGUUAAACAACUAAUUCGUUACAUUUAAAGUAUACGAUGUGUUAGAUAAACGUAUGUAUUAUCCGACAGCGUCAUAUCUAUCAUAAUCGAAAUCAUUAUAACACGCUUCUAUUGUUUAUACCAUUUAUAAUUAUUUAUAUAUAUAUAUAUAUAUAUAUAUAUAUAUAUAUAUAUAUAUAUGUAUAUAAUAUAGUGAGAGAGAAAAAAGAGAGAAAGAGAGAGAGAGAGAGAGAGAAAGAGAGAGAGAGAGAAAAUAUUACGUAUAAAAUUAUUUGCUAAUGGACAAUACGCGCUUUCCCUUAUCUGUCGACUAUUACAAUUAUUUAUUCGUCGAUAUUACAAGGUAAUUUAAUAGAAAAGAUCUACGAUAGAGUCUAUAAGGUACGAGCUUUAUGCGAAUUUUAAUGAUUAGUUUAAUUCAAUUAAAUAUUAAGAAUUGCGAAUGUUCGUCAGAAUUAAUUACCUAUACGUGAAGUUUAUAAGUAAGUUUUUGUCAUUAGUAUUUCAUAAUAUCAAUCAAAGAUCGUUUGUAUUUACGUAUGUGAGCCAAAUAAGCUGAUUAUAUUAUUAUUAUUAUUAUUAUUAUUAUUAUUAUUAUUAUUAUUAUUAUUAUUAUUAUUAUCAUUAUUAUUAUUAUUAUUAUAAUUAUAAUUAUAAUUAUAAUUAUUAUAUAUUAUGUAUUAUUAUGCAUUAUACAUUCUAUGAACGUAUUAUGGUUGCGUAAAUAUAAAAUUUAUAGGUAAUCAUUCGUUAGAAAUACGGUGCCUACUUUUGUGAACAACGUCGUACAAAGAACGAUGAAUAAUUUAAGAAUGUAUAUGAACGAUUUAUAAUCCCUUCAUGUUAAUUGCAUCGGAAUAAUUUGCUUUUUUAGACUCUUUCGGACGAUAAGUAAUAUGAAAGUAUAUGACCCAAUAAAUACAUGUGAAGAUUUUAUUUAUA